CGGCUUCAAGUUGUCGAUUUGAGAAGAAUGCGUUGACUUUAUGAUGCACGGCGUUUGCAUUAUUGAGAACGUUGUCAUCUUUUAUCUUUCCUUCUCGACGUUACCCCGCAGCUCUUUUGUUGUUCUCACGCUAACAUGCGAGAUCCGCAGAGCCGCCUCGACUGCAUUCCGCCCCGACUUCCCCUCCGCUAGCGGCCUGCUCGCUUUGAGAUGAGCACAAGAUGUCGGUGUCGGGGCUGAAGGCCGAAUUGAAGUUUCUAGAGUCGAUCUUUGACCCAAACCACGAAAGAUUCCGAAUCAUAGACUGGAAACCCGACGAACUGAGUUGCCAGUUCAACGUAACAGGAGAGAAGCUGCUGAUCAUCCACUGCAACAUCACGGAGUCUUACCCGUCAACGCCCCCGAUAUGGUUCGUAGACUCUGAUGAUCCAAGUCUUGCAGAAGUGUUGGAGCGCUUAGAGGAUGUCCGAAAAGGCAGCACUUUGCUUCUUCAGCAGUUGAAGCGCCUCAUUUGUGACCUCUGUCGCCUUUACAACCUGCCACAGCAUCCAGAUGUAGAGAUGCUGGACCAGCCUCUACCUGCUGGCCCCAUAAUCCAAGAGCGAAAGCAUGCGCCAUCAGAUGAGGUGACGUCUGAGGAGGAAGAAGAGGAAGAAAUGGCAGAGCAGGACAUUGACCUGGACCAAGACUUGGACCAUUACGAUAUGAAAGAAGAAGAGCCCGUAGAAGGCAAAAAGUCAGAAGAUGACGGGAUUGAAAAGGAAAACCUGGCAAUCUUGGAGAAGAUCCGUAAAAACCAGAGACAGGACCACUUGAAUGGGGCAGUCUCUGGGUCUGUGCAGGCCUCGGACCGCCUCAUGAAGGAACUCAGGGAGAUCUACAGGUCACAGAGUUACAAGACAGGUAUUUAUUCAGUGGAACUAGUCAACGACAGCCUUUACGACUGGCACGUCAAGUUAAGGACGGUAGACCCGGAUAGUCCGCUGCAUAGUGAUUUGCAGGUCUUAAAAGAAAAGGAAGGAGUAGACUACAUUUUGCUCAAUUUCUCUUAUAAAGAUAAUUUUCCUUUUGACCCACCUUUUGUGCGGGUUGUCUCUCCUGUGCUCUCUGGAGGUUAUGUUCUAGGAGGAGGAGCCUUGUGUAUGGAACUUCUCACAAAACAGGGCUGGAGCAGUGCCUAUUCCAUAGAAUCUGUCAUUAUGCAGAUAAAUGCAACUCUAGUCAAAGGAAAGGCCAGAGUUCAGUUUGGGGCCAAUAAGAACCAGUACAAUCUCGCCAGGGCACAACAGUCUUACAAAUCCCUUGUGCAGAUCCAUGAAAAGAAUGGCUGGUACACACCCCCUAAGGAGGAUGGCUAAGGACCUCCAACCACUAUGCACUGGGAACAUGGGUCAAAGUGUCUCAUUUUCUUUGGAGUAUUUCCCCCAUCUGACUUGCUGGGAGUGUACCACGUUUCUUGCAGACCCGUCUGCUUGGUUCAUCUGACAAGUAUUCCUUCAUAUGAUGUGAGGGCGUUAGCCGCCCUGUUCAUAUAGCUUGGAUUGGUUUUGCUCCCAAAGUGGAGGAAAAAGCUGCUUGGACAAAGUGGACUUCAAACGGGAAUUGUCAAAGUCAUACCCAAGCGCUCGGCGUGGCACGUCACCUCACAUGUUUGUCAUGUUUGUUUUUUUUUAAUUAACAGGUACACCUAUUUUUUUUAACUAUCUAACAAAUGUUUUUUAUUAUUAUAUGAGCAUCCUGGACAAUAAUCGAGCCGGUUGUCAUAGAUUGGAUGGUUAUCUUUAAAUGGAAUUGACCCGACACUCUUGUCUUUUAAAAAGCGUGCGGAGUCUUUGGGUCCGGAGAACCAAACCGAGCUGGGUUGUCGUCUGAGAACCGGUCAAAAAUUAGACGGUGAGAUUUGAUCAAGUUGAGGAUGAGGUUUAAGUCGUAUCCCCGUCAAAAUGUCACCCCUGCAAUGAUGGCUUUCUAUUGGCUACUAACUAGCAGCGUUGAUGCGGUUUAUGCUAGUAGCGCAAACCUCACUUGUGGCUGUAAAGAUCCUGUAAAGAGUAGAAUUGCGCAGGGUGAUUUUAACCAAGGUUGUCCGGUUUAGUGCUUUAGUGCUGCAGUUUUAGUCCAGACGUACCUUGAUUGUAGUGGUUUGCAACUUCCAACAAUCCUGUUAGACGACGGAAUGGCCUGUUUUCUGUGUCGCUUUUGGUAUGACAAAUGGAAGGAUGGCUUCUCGUGUGAGAAUGCUGCAUUUGUCGUACGUUGGCCACCAUCGCUGCUGUCUUUCCCACGUGUGACGGCAGAUGUGCUGAAUACAAACGAUGUGAAAAUGCAAACAUUGGAAACACUCAGGAGGAAACCCAACUUGAUUGUUGCUCCCUGAUAUGCCCUCGCCUUCUGAGCACAUAGACCCAAACUGGCAUAGACCUAAAAGCAAGGCGAACGGAUCAUUGGAUGCCAACUGGAGGGCGUCUUCCUCGGAAGCACUGGAAUGUGGCAGAGGUGUAUACACAACCCAGAAAACCAGGAUCCAGUCCACCGCAGAUGCCAAAACUCUACCUUGAGGGGUGAAAACGGGAGCUGGAAAGACGUUGCGCACUUGUUGAAACUGGACUCUGGUUGUUGGAAACCAUUGGACAGAUUUGCUUGCUUUGGUUUGACGUUUUUUUUUAUUUUCUUUUCUUUUUCAUUUGACGACAUUUGACCGUGUACAGCAAUUUGUAAACUUGCAUCAAGUUUAUGAAUAAAGAAUUUUAAGACGGA